GAAGCCCCGAAUCAACAAGACUUCUCCAGCUACGUACAGCGAAGCUGUCAAAGGCCAACAGCUAUGGGCGGUGGUUGAUAAAAGCAACCCUGACGGCACUAUUUCGCCUGACAAUUGGAAGAAAGUGGAAGCCAGGCUCUCAAGCGUCUUCUUCCAAAUUCUGAAGGAGCAUCCUGGUCCAGCUCCUUUCUGUCGCGAUAGUGGAUGGCAUCAGAGUCAUGUGAAGCUAAUCGCCUGUGCCGAUCAGAGAUCCACUGAUCUAUACAAAAUAGCCAUCUCAAGGAUUGGCGAAGUAUGGCCUGGGUCUAAACUCGAGGUAAUUUCAAGGGAUGACAUCCCUAGUUUACCAAGAGCUAGGGCCUGGUUACCAGCGGAGCCAUCAGACCCUAAACAAAUCCUUGAGAUGCUUCGGGUAUGCAAUCCAGAGCUUCCUACAUCGUCUUGGAAGGUCACAAAGCUGGACGAUCCCAAGGGCGAGUACCGAAGCGCUACUUUCGUAGUCUGCAAGGACUCGGCGGACGCACUGGCGCGAUCGGACGGUGUAGUAAGCUAUGGGUUUUCGUCCAUAACUCUGAGGGUCUACAACAAGGACAAGGCGCCUAACUUAAAGGACCCGGUUGGAGCUGAGAUAGGCCCCACGGCGGAAUCUGGCUCCGGUCCUAACACUGCUACAGCGCUACGGAAGGCAUCUACUGACGGCAGUAUCUCUUCCUUGUUAGAUAGAGUACUUGAUACUACUCUCACUGAUGAGGAAGAGCUACUGGCGUCAGAUUCAGAUGAGCCCAACAAAACGGUGGUGGAGAGGAAGCCCAGUAACCAUGAUGUUACGGGUUCUUCAGAUUAACCUUCACCACUCAAAGGUUGCGUCCGCCAACCUCAUAAUCCACCUGGCCAAAGGUGGACAUCAUAUUGUCCUGAUUCAAGAACCAUGGGUAUCACAUGGACUUGUGUGCGGACUAAGGACUCAACAAUAUAAACUGAUGUAUGCUCGCAACAAAGCGACACCGAUCAAUUGACCAUUAGCCUGGAGUCGGGAAAUGAACGGAUGUGGCUAUCUUCCUGCUACCUCGCACAUGACCACGAGGAGCUACCGAGAUCAAUAUUCAAAGAUCUGGUAGCGCAGGCGCAGAAGCU